AUGUGCAAGCUAAUCUGUUGCCUCAAACUUGAUAAUGUGACGGAUUCAUAUGUUGUGGAAUACAGUAAACAAAUGUUGAGCAACAUUGACUUGCUGAUCGGAACGGAGCCUGAUCGUUCUACGCACCCUUCAGCCCUCCACUUCUACCUUUUCAACGCCGCAUCAGUAUCUGCUGUAAAAAUCUAUGCCUGCGAAAAUAGUCACUCUAAACUUCAGGUAGCCUACAAAAUAUCCUUGGUAGCAGAUGUACUUUGUAGCAUCUGGAAGACGGAUGAUAGCUUCCGAAGCAGUAGCUUCAUAUCCAGGCAAAAACUAAUGUCCUCCCCAAAUGUCUGGCCUAAUGUCUCGGUGCUGCAAGAACAACAAAAACAUGAAUUUGCUCCGGAAGAAUGCUCGUCAAACUAG